AUGGCAUCGGGAAGGAAAUGGUAUUGCGCUGAACGAUAUGCUCACCGUGAUGGCUACAUCAAGAACAAAGACCUAGACGGCAAGGUUCUAGAGUCGAAUGAUGGUUUGAAACGGUUCGGGGAUUGUCCCUCCACGAUGACUACGUCCCUCGAUUAUGAAAGUCUGGUUCGAGACUGGUGUACUCACAUUGACGAAAUUCCCGAAGGCUCUCCGGGGCACAAAGCAGAUGUUCGUCAAAGCGAGGAUGCAGGUCGCUACCUUUGCGACUACAUUUACUUCAACAGUCUGGCAUACUUUGGAAGGAAGUGUGGAGAUGUAGAGGGAGGCGCUUGUACGGCACGUCCAGUUCUGUUUUUACACGUACCAGCAGAAAGCGACGCAACGACGCUUGCCAAUGGUCGCGCCGUCGCGAUGGCGUUGAUCCAAGCAAUGGCGAACGAUCUUGCGACUUCAACUACGGCCAAUGAUUGA